AUAAACUUAAACUUUUAGUAAUUGGUAAGGCAAAAAAUCCACGCAACUUUAAACACUUUAGUUGCCCUACGGAUUAUAAGAACUCGAAAUCAGCCUGGAUGACGUCUGCUAUUUUUAAACAUUGGUUCCAUCAAUCUUUUGUGCCACAGGUAAGAUUGUUUCUAAAGCGGAAGAACUUAGCAAUAAAGGCAUUAUUACUUAUUGCCAACGCUCCCUCUCAUCCAAGUGAAGCAAAAUUAAAAACUGAAGAUGGAAAUAUAAUUGCCAUGUUUAUGCCGCCAAAUGUCACCCCUCUUAUCCAACCUAUGGAUCAAAAUGCGAUUAAAAUAACGAAGUUAUAUUACAGAAACAGUUUGUUGGCUUCAAUAGCAGCAAAAAACUUAGAUUUGCUUGAAUCAAUGAAAAAUGUAACGUUGAAAGAUGCUGUUACCCUUUUAUCUGUCGCGUGGGAUCGGGUCAGCACAGAAACUCUUGCCAAUUGUUGGAAAGACAUUUUAAGUUUAAUGGGAAACGAGGAGGACCCUGAAUAUAACAUUCCAUUAACAAAUGGAGUGCAGAAAUAAACUCUUUAAUGCGAAUGUCAGUUGAUCUCCUUCAGGACUUAAGUCCUCAGGAAGAAGUUUUACGACACACUUUGA